AUGGCUCUCGCCAUCAGCACCGCUGUGCACCGCCAGCUCUCUGACGUGACCAAGGAGCCUGGCCCGGCCCAUAAGGCAGUGCUGUCCCACUGCAUGGUGCUGCAGGCACGAAGCUGCCCCGAAGAGGCAGUUGUGUUUCUGCACUGCCAGCUGAGCGGUGGGAGCGAGGCGGGUCGCGUGGCAGCCCUGGGCCUGCUGGGAGCGCUGGCCCACUCUGACGCACCUGCGAUGAGAGAGAAGCUGCCCCAGGUGGUGGAGGCCGUGCGCUCAGUGUGCAACGACCCCAGUGCCCAGGUGCGGAGGGCAGUUCUGGAGUUCAUCAGGGAGCUGCUCAGCUCCGGCUCCCAGAGCUGCUGGGCAUGGGAUGUGGUGGGGCACAUCUUCACGGAGUUCAGCCGGGCCUCGGGCAGACUGGUGGCAGGAGGCCUUUUUGCCUGGGAAACCCAGGAGGAUGGAGCUCUUCGAGCCCUGUGCGUGGACAUCCUGGGCUCGCUGGAUGUCUCUCGGAGGGGGAUGACCAAACUCCUGUGGCCGAGGCUGCUGCAGUAUGUGCUGCCAGCCCAGUACAGUGGCAUGCUGAUCCCGCUCUCCCGCUGUCUCCGAGCCCUGGUUGAGAGACGGGAGAAAGCCGGGUGCAAGGAAGGAGAGGAGGAGCCUGAUGCCAUGGACUCCCAGAAGCAAGCCUGCCUGCCGGCUCCCCAGGCCCUGUUGGCUCGACUGCUGGUGGUGGCGGCGGCUCCUUACACGAGUGGCGAACGCGCAGUCGCUGCCUUGCAGCUGCUGCAGGCCCUCCACGGCAGGGUCCACAGAGCUUUGGGGGCAGCAUGGGCGACCGAGGUCCCCCUCCUGCUGCAGUACCUGGAAGGAAAAACUGAGAGCUCCCUGGACUCUGCCGAGUGGGAACACCGUGUACUUAAGUUCCUGCAAGCGUCACUGGAGCCCAUCGAGGACAAGGCCUGGACCCUAGGCCUGAGCCAGGAGCUGAGCCAGCAGCUGGGCAGCUCUGCUGCCGGCUCCUGGGAGAAGUUUUUCCUCUACAAGGCUCUUGGGACGACGCUGGCAGCUUGUCGGGACCUCAGACACGUCCAAGGGCAGGUGCUGAGGUUCCUCCAGGAGACAAACCCUGUGGAGCUGUCGGAGGCCCAGGGAAUGAUUUCUGUUGUGUCCCACGCUGCCGAGAGACACUUCCACCUGGUCUUGGACACGAUGACUAUGUUCUCUGCUGCCUUCACCAGAGGCUGGUUCUAUCAGACUUCCAUGGGAUGGAAGGUACAGCGGCGGCAGAAGACGGAGAGAGACCAGGCCAUUCGCGCUGCUCUCAUGCGCACCUACAGCGGCAUUGCGCUGCAUGCCCCCAAGGAGCAGCUGCUGACCCGUGUGGAUAAAGAAAUCAUGGGCAACAUCCUGCGGCUCUCCAGAGCCAAACAGAGGGACUUGCACCUCAAGCUCGCCCUGGUGCAGAGCAUCACCGAGGUCAGCUGUGCCAUCCAGGCUGUGGGCGACUGCGGCAGCUUUGAGCUCUCCUUAAAGCAGGAGGCGACGCGGACCCUGCUGGACUGGAUAAAGGGGGAGCCCUGGGACUCCCUGGUGUAUGGAGUGUUUCACGCCCUGGAGAAGUUGAGCAAGCUGAGGCCACCUCUGAGCAGGGAGGAAAACCGCAAGCUGCUGGCAGUGUGCUGCCAGAGCGUCUUGUCCUAUCCUUCCGAGGAGCAGAUGAAAAAGGGAAGGAAGACAGUGAGGGCAGCUGUGAACAUGCAGCUUCUGCACAGAAGAGGCAUGGAAGAUCUGGGCCAGCUCACAGAAAGCCUUCUGGAGGCAGAGGCGACCUGCUUUGACGACGUGGUCCACGUCCUGAAGGGCUGGCUCACCUCAGCCAAAGAAUGGGAACGGGAGAGAGCCCUGCGGGUUUGCGCCCAUGUGCUGGGCGCUUGCAAGGAGCGAUUUGAAGGAUGUCCUUGCAAGCAGUUUGGCUCGCUGGUGGGACUGCUGGGGUCUCUGACCAGCGACUGCCUGGCCACGUCCCAGCAGAGGGCAUGGCUCUGCCUUGGCUACCUUCUCCAAAUGCAAGCCAAGACCAUGAAGGUGGUGCCUCAGGCACAUGAGAUCAGGUGCCUUUGUGAGGAGCUGAACAGCCCAGACACCGAGACUCUGCUGGAGACAGGCACCAAAAUAGCAAAGGCUGUUUGCAAAUGCAUCCCUCCAGCACAGGCUACGGACUUUCUGACUGCCGUGCUGGACAGCUUGCUGCAUGUCACACCCACACGUGCAAAAGCAGUGCGGAAGUGGGUGUUUGUCUUCCUGGUGGAAUGCAGAAAGGAAAUACUCCAGGAGGUGCCAAAAAUCCUCAACACCCUUUACGCCUACAUGCAGCAGAGCACCCACAGGCCCUUCCUGCUCCGUGCAGUGUUUCUCCUCGCCCAGUUUCACCAGGAGCCCGUGAUCAGCAGUCUCCUCCAGAAAGGUCUGCCCAUGGACAGUGACACGGUGGAGCUGUGGAGGAGCCUGGGGAGAAGCAUCUUUGGGAUUCAGAUCCUGAGGUGCUUAGUGGAGAAACUAAACAGGGCAGGAAACAACCGCCUGAGGACUGACUCCUCCACUUGUGAGCGGCACAACCGUCAGACUGCUCUGGAGACUCUGACGAUCACCCGUGCCAUCUCCGAGGUGGUGCUUGCCCUGAGCAGCACGGAGGAGCUCAGGCAACUGCUUCCCCACCUCCUUCCCAGCCUCCUGAGGUGGGCCAGUGAAACGCUGGGCGAGGAGAGGCUGCUUUCCCCCAUGAGCAGCUGGAGACAACUGUUCCUCGAGGGCCAGGUGCUUGAGGAGAAGCCGUGCAGGAUUUUCCUUUCAGCUCUAGAGUUGGUGCUAGGCAAAUGCAUGGCGCAGAAAUGGAUGCGGCUGCUCGUGAAUCAGGCAGUGUGGGCUCGCCUGGAAGACCCCCUGGCUUACCCGGAGGGGGUGCGUCUCCUGAGCAGCGUCCUGCUCCACGCGGGGCUCGUCUCCCCCUGUCUGGUGAAGAACCUCUUGCCAUGGCUGCAUUCCCGCUCAGUUAAACUGCGGGUGACAGCUACAGCUUUCUUUGCUGAGUCCCCUGAAGAGGCAAAAAUCUUCACCCGCUACUUCUUCGUCACUACAGCCAAGAUUGACUGUUGA